AUGGUUGGUGAGGAAGUUUUCAAAAAUCCACUCAGUCCAUCGAAUGACUCAUCGCCGGUCGAGGAGACAAAACCACAGAUUGAUAUUGAUUCUUCGCAGCAUGAGAGCUUUGAUCAUCAUGAUAAUUCAACGAUCCUGCCAAAGGAUAAUACUUAUUCAUCCUUUGCUGACAACAGAAACCACCGGACAGAGGAAAUCAAUAUUGAUUCUGACACCGCCAACGCGAUUUUCGUCGACAUUUCCGAUGCGCUUUCCGAAAGAGAUAAGGUUCGAUACACUGUUCAUACAAAAACAAGAGCCCCUGAUAUGAAAAGUGAAACGUCGGUCGUUCGGGAGCAUGAAGAAUUCUUGUGGCUGCAUGGUGCUUUAGAAGCAAAUGAGAAUUAUGCUGGAUUUAUUAUUCCUCCUGCGCCGCCCAAGCCGGAUUUUGAUUCUUCUAGAGAAAAACUUCAAAAGCUUGGAGAGGGAGAAGCAACGAUGACCAAAGAAGAGUUUUUGAAAAUGAAACACGAUUUGGAGCAGGAUUAUUUAGCACAAUUCAAGAAAACCGUAGCCAUGCACGAAGUUUUUCUCCAACGUCUGGCAGCACACAAUGUUUUCAAACAGGACAAUAAUUUCCGGGUUUUCCUACAAUACGAUGGUGAUUUGUCAGUUCGCGGGAAAAAUAAAAAGGAAGUUGUUGAAUCUUUCUGGAAGCGGUUCACUCAGUCGGCUGACGAAGUCUUGCUAUCAGGACAGAAAGAUGUUGAUGAAUUUUUCGAAAAAGAGAAAAAUUAUAUGGUUGAGUACAAUGUACACAUUAAAGAAGCUGCAGCGAAAUCGGAAAAGACUUUAGCCGCUAGAAAAAAUGUUGUUGAAUGUUUUUCAAAGAUUGGUGACUCGUUUGAAAGAAUCGCACGUGGCGAACCGAAUAAGGCAUUAGCGCGGACUUUUGCUCGUGGAGCCGAUGCAAUGUUCAAGUUGAAAAAAAUUGAAUCAAGAUCGGCUAAUGAUGAGGAACUCAAACUUGGUGAUACGUUGGUCUACUUUGCGAGAGAUACUCAGGCAGCUAAGGAUCUUUUGUAUCGUCGUAUGCGCUGUCUGGCCAAUUAUGAAGCAGCAAAUAAGAAUCUCGAAAGGGCUCGUGCUAAAAAUCGCGAAAUUCCAAAGGCGGAAGCUGAACAGUCAGAAUGUUGUAAAAAGUUCGAAGAGAUAAGCGGUCUCGCAAAGGCGGAAUUGAAAGAUUUGAAAGUGAGAAGGGUUCAAGCCUUCAAAAAAAAUCUCAUCGAUUUGGCUGAGCUCGAAGUAAAACACUCGAGGGCCGAGAUAUCGUUGCUCCGCGAAGUGAUCGACAAACUCAAAGAAACCUAA